AUGGUCACAUCCGCAAAAUACCUCGUCCAAAUUGCCCAAGCGGCUGCAACAGCGGUUGUGCUUCCCACAACCCACGCCAUCCUUUUUGCUCAUGCAAACGGAGAGAAGUUGAUUCAAGCAGCUAUUGACUUCGGCCACCACGCGGCUUAUGGUGCUUUCAAAUACGUCACGGUGCACCCAGAGCACAUGUCUGCCAUUUCAACGGUGGAUAGCGGCGGGGUUCUGGAUCUUCCGGGCGUCAACAGCAUUACAGUUCUGGGCAAGGUCGACUUCACCCCCAUUUUGCAGAUGGCAGAGCAGCUUGUGAAGCUAACACAGCAGCUUGGGCAUGAGAUCAUUGAAUUCAUCAAAGAACAUCCAGUUCAGACCGUUAUAAUCGUCGCUGGCGUUAUUUUGAUCAUCAAUCCAGGCGGUGUCGCUAUGCCACUCCUCAAAAUCGCCGGGUUUGGCGAAGGGGGCGUCAUUGGUCAAUCAAUAGCUUCCUGGAUCCACAGCAUGAUCGGAAACGUGAGCGCCGGGAGCUUAUUCGCUCUUUUGCAGAGCGCUGGAGCUGGCGGUGCGGGCGUGAAUGGAGCCGUGACGGGCAUUGGCAUAACCCUCACGGGUCUCGGUGCGGGUGGGGAUCGGCUGGCCUCGAAGCUGUAA